AUGUGGCUCACCACUGGGACGCGCGGCCUGGCGGGCCUCCUGUCCAAGCGCCCAGCCUUCGGCGCUGCAGCCCUGGUCCUGAUCCGCCCCCUGGGCUCCUUCGCGUCGCACACCCAGGGCGAAAAGGAAGUCGAGAACAAGCUGCGCGCGUCCCUCUCGGUCGCCCGCCUGUGCGUGUCGGACGUCAGCGGCGGCUGUGGGACGAUGUACCACGUGGACGUGGCGGCGGAGGAGUUCAG